AUGCCCCAAUUUUGGAAGCAAUUUGUUAAUAACCCGAAGAGCAUGUCUUCGGAUUCGCUGGCGGGGCCUCCAGUGGCAAACGGUAACUCGCAUUCGACAGUAAACACAUCUGAACGUACAAACGGUACCGGUGCUAAUACAGGUAUUUCAGUGCGGCCCAAUCUGUACAACAGGCCCAAUUCGUACCAUUCUUCACCCGUGGCAGCUGCCAAAAAUGAUCAGAGUAAAACAUCGGCAAUGGCAUCUAGCACGGAAUACAAAAUCUUUAGAGACACCUUCCUAAGCAAUAAAAACGGGUUUUCAGGGAGGGUAUUUGGUGUUGCGCUGUCCGAGUCGCUGAGUGUCGCGAGCGCUGAGGUCAUUGUACAGUCGGAACUAGUAAGUUUUGGCAGAAUACCGAUUGUCGUCGCUAAAUGCGGGGCCUACCUCAAGGCAAACGGGUUAGAGACGUCAGGGAUAUUCCGUAUAGCAGGGAACGGUAAGAGAGUCAAGGAGUUGCAGUACAUAUUCUCGUCGCCGCCUGAUUACGGGGCCAAAUUCAAUAACUGGGAUGCGUACACGGUACACGACGUUGCAUCGUUACUUAGACGGUUUCUUAACAACUUGGAGGAACCACUUGUACCGUUGUCCCUUUACGAGGAAUUCAGAACCCCACUCCGUGAAAAACCAAGGAUUAUAAAGCACAUGGCUAUGCACAGCGUUCAACAUCCAAACGCAAAUAGGGAAAACAGUGCAGGUACAGCGAACAACAAAAGGGAGGAGAGCCCAUUGGAUGUAUCCAGCGAGAGGCCGACGGAUACACAUGGUAACGCCACUGAUGCAGAUACGACUGUUGACGUCGAGUCAGAAAACAUGACAAUAGAUCAAAGGAUAAGCAGUGGUAGGAGUGACAAGCCGGAACCUCGCAGGGAACUAUCGUUCAAAGAAGUCCUAGCAAGCAACGACCCAAGCGAGGUGACAAACAGUUGCGAUGACGAAAAGGAGGAAGAGAGAAGGAGAAGGAAACUUCGUCACAAGAAGAGACUCACACGCGACAUAAGGGCAGCCAUCAAGAGCUACGAGGACCUGUUCGUCAAGUUGUCCAAUGAUACGAAACAACUGACAAUCUACUUAUUGGACCUCCUGAGUCUCUUCGCCAGACAAUCACAAUUCAACCUCAUGUCGGGGAGGAAUCUGGCUGCUAUCUUCCAGCCGUCAAUGCUAUCGCACCCAGAACACGACAUGGACCCAAAAGAAUACGAACUCUCGAGGUUUGUCGUCGAAUUCCUCAUCGAAUAUUCUUAUAAGUUACUACCACAUCUUCUCAAGAUCGCCAACGAAGAGCAGAAACAACAACAACUUUCCAGAAAUCAGACAAGGAAGGUACCCCAAAUAACUACAACGUCUUCUUCCAGCAUCGAUAGACUACCCCGUUCCACAUCCAGGAAACCAAGUAGGACGGGAUCCCCAGUCGAGCUACUAACAAAGACGUCGCCGAGCAAAUCUAACCCACCUUCGUCAUCUCUAUUGAACAUGUCACCUCCAGCUCCGUCAUCCAUGUCAAGAGCCAUGUCACCAAGAAAGUCAAACUCGCAGUCACAGAUACCCCUGAAAAAGGCCUCGUCGUCUUCACUAAGAGUAGCCCCCAUUAGUAGGCCGCACUCUAGGUCCAUCGGAUCAGCCCAGGUUCCACCGGACUUUAUCCCCAGCACUAAGAGAAGAACGAAUUUGUUCCCUUGGCUACCUAAAUCUGGUAUACUGAGUGAUACGGGCGAUCUCACGGGGACAGAUCCGGAAGAAGCUGACGGUUACUUUGACGAGGAAAACAACCACGGCGCAGAUGCCCAGUCACCAGGCAGUAUACAAUCAGGAUCGCUACCCAAGUCAAACCUCCUGUCGAUACCCAUCUUCCAUCGCUCGCUGAGUGGGAAUAGCACCGCGUCUUCAUUCAAGAUUCAUAGUACAAACAACACCAAUGGGAGACCACUAUCAAUGGUCAUGGAUGGUUCGUUGAAUGGUUCGAACGAAGAUUUUGCAUACUCAUCCACAAAUGAGACCGAUGAACCGGAAAAGGGCAGAAGGAAGAAAAGAGAAUCCUGGCUGCAUAGAUUAACUUCGCGCUAA